AGCCGGCCCGCCAGCCCGCGCGUCCGUACUGCCUGCCUCCCGGCCCCUGGCGAUCGGGCUGGGUCUCUCCCCCGCCCCCAGGCUCCCCCGGUCGCUCUCCUCAGGCGGUCGCCGGCGCUCGGUGGAUGUGGCUGGCAGCCGCCGCCCCCUCCCUCGCUCGCCGCCUGCUCUUCCUCGGCCCUCCGCCUCCUCCCCUCCUCCUUCUCCUCCUCAGCCGCUCCUCUCGCUGCCGCCGCCGCCUCCACAGCCUGGGCCUCACCGCGAUGCCGGAGAAGAGGCCCUUCGAGCGGCUGCCUGCCGACGUCUGCCCCAUCAAUUACAGCCUUUGCCUCAAGCCCGAUUUGCUGGACUUCACCUUCGAGGGCAAGCUGGAGGCCUCCGCCCAGGUGAGGCAGGCAACCAAUCAGAUUGUGAUGAAUUGUGCUGAUAUUGACAUUAUUACAGCUUCAUAUGUACCAGAAGGAGAUGAAGUUCCCCGGCCAGGGAUUGAACCCAGGCUCUUGUCAGUGAAAGCCCGGAGUCCUAACCACUGGACCGCCAGGGAAUCCCCUACAGAUUGUGUCUUUAGAUGCUUUGACAACCGUAAACAAUUCAGUGACAAUUUUGAAAUACAUGCUACAGGAUUUAACUAUCAGAAUGAAGAUGAAAAAGUCACCUUGUCUUUUCCUAGUACUCUCCAACCAGGUACAGGAACUUUAAAGAUAGAUUUUGUUGGAGAGCUGAAUGAUAAAAUGAAAGGUUUCUAUAGAAGUAAAUAUACUACCCCUUCUGGAGAGGUGCGCUAUGCUGCUGUCACACAGUUUGAGGCUACUGAUGCCCGGAGAGCUUUUCCUUGCUGGGAUGAGCCUGCCAUCAAAGCAACUUUUGAUAUCUCAUUGGUUGUUCCUAAAGACAGAGUAGCUUUAUCAAACAUGAAUGUAAUUGAUCGGAAACCAUAUCCUGAUGAUGAAAAUGUAGUGGAAGUGAAGUUUGCUCGCACACCUGUCAUGUCUACAUAUCUGGUGGCAUUUGUUGUGGGUGAAUAUGACUUUGUAGAAACAAGGUCAAAAGAUGGUGUGUGUGUCCGUGUUUACACCCCUGUUGGCAAAGCAGAGCAAGGAAAAUUUGCGUUAGAGGUUGCUGCUAAAACUCUGCCUUUUUAUAAGGACUACUUCAAUGUUCCUUAUCCUCUACCUAAAAUUGAUCUCAUUGCUAUUGCAGACUUUGCAGCUGGUGCCAUGGAGAACUGGGGCCUUGUUACUUAUAGGGAGACUGCAUUGCUUAUUGAUCCAAAAAACUCCUGUUCUUCAUCACGCCAGUGGGUUGCCCUGGUUGUGGGACAUGAACUCGCCCAUCAAUGGUUUGGAAAUCUUGUUACUAUGGAAUGGUGGACUCAUCUUUGGUUAAAUGAAGGCUUUGCAUCAUGGAUUGAAUAUCUGUGUGUAGACCACUGCUUCCCAGAGUAUGAUAUCUGGACUCAGUUUGUUUCUGCUGAUUACACACGUGCCCAGGAGCUUGAUGCCUUAGAUAACAGCCAUCCUAUUGAAGUCAGUGUGGGCCAUCCUUCUGAAGUUGAUGAGAUAUUUGACGCUAUAUCAUAUAGCAAAGGUGCAUCUGUCAUCCGAAUGCUACAUGACUACAUUGGGGAUAAGGACUUUAAGAAAGGAAUGAACAUGUAUUUAACCAAGUUUCAACAAAAGAAUGCUGCCACAGAGGAUCUCUGGGAAAGUUUAGAAAAUGCCAGUGGUAAACCUAUAGCCGCUGUGAUGAAUACCUGGACCAAACAAAUGGGAUUCCCCCUCAUUUAUGUGGAAGCGGAACAGAUAGAAGAUGACAGACUACUGAGGUUGUCCCAAAGGAAGUUCUGUGCCAGUGGACCAUAUGUUGGAGAAGACUGUCCCCAGUGGAUGGUUCCUAUCACAAUCUCUACUAGUGAAGAUUCCAGCCAUGCCAAAAUGAAGAUUCUCAUGGACAAGCCAGAGAUGAAUGUAGUUUUAAAAGAUGUCAAACCAGACCAGUGGGUGAAGUUAAACCUGGGAACAGUUGGGUUUUAUCGGACCCAAUACAGCUCAGCCAUGCUGGAAAGUUUAUUACCAGGCAUUCGUGACCUUUCUCUGCCCCCUGUGGAUCGACUUGGAUUACAGAAUGACCUCUUCUCCUUGGCUCGAGCUGGAAUCAUUAGCACUGUAGAGGUUCUAAAAGUCAUGGAGGCUUUUGUGAAUGAGCCCAAUUAUACUGUAUGGAGCGACCUGAGCUGUAACCUGGGGAUUCUCUCAACUCUCUUGUCCCACACAGACUUCUAUGAGGAAAUCCAGGAGUUUGUGAAAGAUGUCUUUUCACCUAUAGGGGAGAGACUGGGCUGGGACCCCAAGCCUGGAGAAGGUCAUCUCGAUGCACUCCUGAGGGGCUUGGUUCUGGGAAAACUAGGGAAGGCAGGACAUAAGGCAACGUUAGAAGAAGCCCGUCGUCGGUUUAAGGACCAUGUGGAAGGGAAACAGAUUCUCUCCGCUGAUUUGAGGAGUCCGGUCUAUCUGACUGUUUUGAAGCAUGGUGAUGGCACUACCUUAGACAUUAUGCUGAAGCUUCACAAACAAGCAGAUAUGCAGGAAGAGAAAAACCGGAUUGAAAGAGUCCUUGGGGCUACUCUUUCACCUGAAUUGAUUCAAAAAGUCCUCACGUUUGCACUUUCAGAAGAGGUACGUCCACAGGACACUGUAUCAGUAAUUGGUGGAGUGGCUGGAGGCAGUAAGCAUGGAAGGAAGGCUGCUUGGAAAUUCAUAAAAGACAACUGGGAAGAACUUUAUAAUCGAUACCAGGGAGGAUUCUUAAUAUCUAGACUAAUAAAGCUAUCAGUUGAGGGAUUUGCAGUUGAUAAAAUGGCUGGAGAAGUUAAGGCUUUCUUCGAGAGUCACCCAGCUCCUUCAGCUGAGCGUACCAUCCAGCAGUGUUGUGAAAAUAUCCUGCUGAAUGCUGCUUGGCUAAAGCGUGAUGCUGAGAGCAUCCACCAGUACCUCCUUCAGCGAAAGGCCUCACCACCCACAGCAUGAACCCGGAGCAUGCCGCCACUGCGGUUCUGCUGCUUCAUGCAGGGAUAAGGUGGAGCGACCGAACAGCUGAUUCAUAUGCCAAGAAUUUGGAGUCUUCUUUCAAGCCAGUGGGGGUUGGACAUUGAAUGUAGUUAACUGGUUCCUGCUCACACUCCAGAAUUAAAUUCUAUUGAAAAAGGAAAAUCAGCAAUUCAGCAAAAAAAAUAAAAAAUAAAAAAAAUGUAAAUAUGAUAGUAAUAAAAUAGAGCAUAACGAAACUGUGAAACUUCCUGAAGCCUUGUCAGUGGUUAAAAGUAUUUAACACUCUCCUGUUAAUGACAGAUGUUCUGUUUUUAUAACCUACCAAAAGGAAACUAGAGGCUUCUGGGUAAAGAGGAUUUUUGUGAAAUGGGUUCUACGAGCAGCCUACAAACCAAGGGUAGUGUCCAUUGCUGGGGAUGUUAAACAUGAAAGGCUGAUAGCUGGUAUACAUAGAGUCUGUGCAUAAUUUCAAGUGGGUUUUUUUUUUUUUUUUUUUUUGGCAUGGGGACUGAUCAGGAAGAUAUAUUUUCCUGCAUAACUCAAUCUGAACCAAGGAUUGUAGUUUUCCUCCUUGCUUUCCCUUCUGUGUGACCCCUUGGCAAAAAAAAAAAAAAAAAAAAAGUUUAAAAAAAAAACCUAUCCUGGUCUGGGUUUUUUCCUCCCCUAGUUCCAUCCCCAACCCACCACCCCGGUGUCCUUCUUAGAGAUAAAGAAAUAAUAAGGAAACAUCUUUUAUAGCCACAUUAAAUAAGAGAAACUGAUAUACAUUAUUUUUUUCUUUCUUUUUUAAGAUGACUUUUAAGAACCCUGAAAUGCAUAUAGGUGAGACAAUAGAAAUGAAAGGUUUUCAUCCAGGCCUUUCUGAAGGAGUUACUCUGCUGAAAAUGGUCUUAGUUGUCUGACAGGCCAACUGUUGAAUCUCUUUAUGACAGUAUCAACACUGGCUUCUUCUGGUUCAUUUUGGGCAUGUAAGAAGUCAUUGGUAACUGCUGCAGGGCCUAUAUAUUAGUGGUAACUGGUUUUAAAAACAACAAAGACUAUAAGCCUGUGUGUGCCACUCUGCUUCCACAGUGUAUCCUACUAACAAGCCUCACCAACCUAAUCCAGUACAUUUUAAGUCUAAAUCUCAUUCCUUUCCUCUUUCCCUACCUUUUUUCUUUUCUUUUUCUUAAAAAAAAAUAUUUUUGUGUGUUAUUAACAGGAAUUCAUAUUUGGUGUGGCUUAACUGUAUUUCAGAAGGUCAUCAGAUUGUGAGACUGCUUCCUUGAAACAUUUUUGUGCUGUUGUUUUAAAAAAAUAAUUAAAAAACAGUUGGCGUUAAUAAAAAUGUCAAUGUGAAA